AAUAGCAGCAGCAGCAUAGAAGUCAGAGGCAAGUACAGUGGGAGUGAGGAGCGAGGCCAGAGCGAAUGCACACCGCGGAUAGUGCUCAUUUUAAGUUUGUAAACAAGUCUUCUGAGCUGCUGUGUUUGGACGUCUUUUGCAGUUAAAAGGUGAAGAAACCUGCAGCGAAGACAAAGAGAUUUCAUCGAGUUGCCUGCAGAGUCAAACUUCCUAACAUCUGGUCUGCUGGAGGACGGGGCGAGAAACUUUUGGAGGCGGAGAGAAAACUAUCUCCGCUGGAGAAACAUGCACUGAAUUGAGAGUUUGGGUCACCUACAUGAGCCGAGGAGCGAUUUGGUUUUCGUGUAAAGUGACAAGAGUGGAGGGAGAGAGGACUGGAAAGGUAUCGGAGGGCUGGAAGUCCACCUGGAGCGACCAGAGAAUGAAUUAAUCCAACACUCGGCUGCACAGAGUCCCAGCCAGAGAGAAGGCUCAUUCACCUCCUCCCAUAAGAGCCCGGCCUACGCCCAUGGAUGAGGAGAGGAGUGCCGCUGCCAUCUCCUCAGAGCCACCUGAUGAUGGAGAUUCUGGUCUGCCAGCUCCACAGUCAAGUUCACACACAACCUCAAACGCAGACAGAGAAAACAAUUGCCUGAAUCCCAACCCUUGUCCCAGUAGUAAAGAUGUGGCCCACACCUAUACUGAGCCCCUCAUAUUGAGGUCAAAUGGCACCCAGGAAAGGUUGCGAGGUGGCGAUGGAGACAAUUGCAUUUCCAACAGCACCCUCUCACAUUCAGCGCUUACAACACCCAGUAAGAGUAUCACAUCUCAACCAGUUGCCAGAUCCACGCCUAUCCACCAUACCCAGCCAUGUCGGUCGCAGCCCAACAGCCAGCUACGCAACGGAGCCAAGAGCCACACACACUCCUCUCACACGCACUGUCCGCAUCACACGCACACGCCUCACACACAUGCCCUCCAGUCCAACGGGGUCAGGAACGGAGGCCCUCACGAGCAUCCUAAGCUGGGCUCCCUCCCGAGAGGCGGUUCAUCCACCUCCUCGUCCUCUUCAGCGGGACCCAAACACACCAAGAAAUUGCAGUCCAACCCCUCCAUCACCUCCCAGAGCAGCAAGAGGAGCAAGAGUAGCUCCAAGAGCAACAGCUCUCAGAUUCCCACCGAGGCACAGGACGACUGCUGUGUUCACUGUAUUUUGGCCUGCCUCUUCUGUGAGUUCUUAACUCUGUGCAACAUUGUGCUGGACUGUGCCACCUGCGGCUCCUGUGCGGGGGAUGACUCGUGUUUCUGCUGCUGCUGUGCGUCGGAGGAGUGUGGCGACUGUGACCUGCCCUGCGACAUGGACUGUGGCAUCAUCGACGCCUGCUGUGAGUCUGCAGACUGUCUGGAGAUAUGCAUGGAGUGCUGCAGCCUUUGCUUCUCCUCCUGAGGCCCCUUAACCACCACCUACAUGGGGCAAAGUAGAUGUCUGCUGUGCAUUCCCACUAGUCCAGGAACAACUUCGACCAGCAUCUUAUCAGAGCUGAGAAGUGCUACACCUAGCCUUUGUUGCUUGAGCAUUGUGGUUCACACUAUAUUGGCUGGCCUAGUUGGCUUUGCAAUAUGUCCAAUGUUUCCUACAGGGUUUGCCAAGCAAAAGAUGUGACCUAAUGCUGAGAGCAGUCACUGGUGAGUUCUUCCUUCCUUUAUUGAUCACACAAUGGGACAGUAACCUUCCUUGCUUUGUCUUUGCUGUUGGUUCAUUGCUACACAGCUGGGCGUUUGGUGCAGAGUCAAUUCCAGCUGUGGACUGUGAGCGUUUGCCAGGCUGUGCAGACCAGGCCUCUGGACCCACACUGAACAAGCUAUUAUUACAAUGCAGCCUCUUGUGCCAUCUGAAUGACUGGAGUUCUCCAAGCAUGAAAAAUGACCUCCAAAGGCAAAUGAGAAAAUGGCUCCAUUUAACCGGAUUUUAGUGUUUCUGUAGAUAAGAGCAGCAGCAUAAUGGGAAAAUGGACGCUCAGAUCUCACUAGAAACGUUGCCUGUCCUCCUGUCCUUGGCAAGGUUAAAGUCUUCCAGUUUGAUUGCUUACAGUGGCCUUUGUGACACACACAGUCCAUGUGGGAGACGUUGAAUCCACCGCUGUCUUUGUCCUUGUUGCAUUGUACAAAACAGAGGAAACUUAAAUGUGGCUUGUGGCAAUAUUACAGAUCUCUUGUGUUAAUAUGCGUCUUUCCGUAACUGACCUGUUCAGAGAAGAAUGAUGAGAGCGUCAUGCAUCAGCCUGGAGAUGGGUGCUAUUAAAAGAGUGUUGUAAGUAACGGACAUCACAGAGUGAGCGGCUGAUAGCAUCAGCAGUGGACACGUUCUCUACUCCAACAUGUGAAGGGAGAGCAUUGAUAAUCAAAAAUCUCUCCUCAUUUAAUGUUUCACAUCUUGUUUACGUUCACAUUUGAUUUGAGAGGCUUUGACUGUGCUCAGUGAAUUCCUACUCAUCUGGUAAAGGACUGGAAGGCGUCAUCUCCUUUUUAAUACAUUUCAUUUUUCUCUGUCAUUCUUGCUAUGUGAACAAAUGGCCUUGGCUUAGCUUAAGGCCUGAAUUUUCAAGUGGGUUUCCUCGCCUUUACCAAAUCUCUAUUAAUCCUUGUUUUGUAGAUUUUAGUUAAGAUAUUUGCAUUUCUCCUCUAAUGUGAAAAUCACAUUUCUGUGUUAUCGGGUUUUGCCGGGCUCUCUGUAAAGCAGACAUUGCUCAACAUCUAAUUUAAUUCCUUGAGUGAAAAUCUCAUGACAUUAUACUAAGUUAGAUCCAUAUGCUUGUCGUAUGAAUGGUACACUUUUGAUAACAGGCCUGCAUUCUCAUAUGCUCCGGCGCAUACCUUCUCCAACCCAAUACCUCUUGAGAUGUCACCUAGAUCUGUUGUGCAUUUUAAAAUGACUUGAUACAAAUCUCUCUCUUCUCUGAUGAAAUAUUGUUAGAGAAAGCCUUUUUUUUUUUUGAAAAUACUAAAGAGUUUGCUCUUACUGGACCUUAGUUUCUAGACCUAUAAUUACUUGUACAUAGAAGUGCUAAUGUGCUAUGCUAAUGGGGCUGUGUUUGAUUAAAACCCUAUUUUAAGGGUUGAAAUCCAGCACUGACAGUGAAAAUACACUACGGUUGUAGUCAACUUGAUAACACCAAAGCAGAUAAUGCGAGUGACAUUUUACAGCUUGCAUUUUCGUGCAAUGCAAGGAAUUUAACUAAUGCAACUUGAGAAGAUAUUCGGACUCUUCAUGCCUGUUCAGUAUCACUCCGGAUGUGUUUUGUCACACAUUCAAUCUCAACUGAGAUAAAAUCCUGGAGAGCCCUGGAAAACAAUGCAAUUUUUUUUAAAAUACAGAGAGAUUUAUGAAGGGAGAACUGAUUAUACAGUGUAAUAAUGUGUAUAGAAGUGAUAACUAUGUUAUUUGUUUGUAUUUGCAAAAUAUUCCAAGUGCAGAUUCUAAUAAUGGUGCUUCAUCGAGGGACCUGCCCUCAGUCACCAGACCAGAAAAACAGUAAGUGUACGUUGCGAUAAAUCUCUCUGGUGUAUGCAUUACAUACAUGUGUGUGUAUUGACAAAUUACUUUAGUUAAGUUUCCAAUUUGGUCUCAAACUCAAGACCAAAUUGGAAACUUAACUAAAGUAAUUUGUCAACAGCAGAGGACAAAUUAAUAGUAGAAACAUUUGCAUACCUACGGAGAGAGCUGGCUCAUAUUAGCAUAACUGGGAGGUGCAGCUCAUCUACCUGUUAGCCAGGAGUGUCAUAUCCAACACUUUACCUUUCUAUCAUCUUGGUUUAGGCAACUAAGAAAAUAAAUACACAUUAUCGUGUUUCAUACAGCCUUGUUUUAUGCCUAAAACAAUAGGUUCUCUGUUUUUGACCAAACCCAUCUGACAUGCUGUUUCCUAUCAUUUAUGGGUGUGCAUAACCACAGCCUCACUGCAGCUCAGGUUUCAAGAAUCUUAACACUAUGCUGCAGCUCCUCCCUGGACUCCAACCAAAGGGCCAAUCUUUUAGGCCUUCAAAACCAGGAUAAAUCCAGCUUUAAUUAAUAGGAAUCUCACCAACAGCCUUCUCUGGGAACUUAUAUUUAACUGAUCUUAUUUUGCUUAAAUUCCUGCGCUCAUGCUCACAUGAGUGUCAUGUAGUGAAAAGUAUGGCUUUGUAAUUCUAUUUUUAGCAGUAAAUUAUAUUGGCACGUCAGAACAUUAAUUCUUCUGUUGGUGUGUGAAGUGCAGUAAGAAAAUGCAGCAGAGUUUGUCAGCAUUAAAGUUCGGUUGUGCUAUGCAAAAUAUAUCGGGUGAAGGAACAUUUUAAUAAAGUCUGGUUUUAUAAACAAUAAUUUAAUUUAAUGGUGCCCAAAUAUAUUUUAUGACUUGAUCAUGAAAUACUACUUCAUGUUUUAUACACUAAGAGGUGUUUCACGGUUGGAGGUGAAUGAUUCAACCUUGAGGUAUAGAAAACACUGUUUCCUUGGUCUGGUGAUGGAGAAUCCUGUCUGGAUGUUGAAAGUUCCUAGAUGAACUCCGAUCCUGACCUUAGAUCAAUCUCUGGAAAUUAGAGAGGAUUCUGAGAGGUGGGCUCGAUGUUGUGUCUGUACCAGACAGGUCAUCGUCUCAUUUCCAAAUAUUUCCCUUGUAUUAAGUCAAGCUAUUACAGUAAUACUGGAAGAAAAACACAAGUUUACUUUCAGUGAUUUCCUUAUUCAGUAUUAUACGUGUUUUUAUUAGAAUUAUAUUGACCACAGAAAUGUCUGACUGUUGACUUUUAUGGAUUUAUUAUGUUAUUAUAAGACGGAAUUCGGACGUUUAUUUAAAGAGCUGGCCACCUCUGCUAAUAGUCUGAAAGUAAUCCUAGCCCAGCUGAAUUGUUACUAGACUGUAGUCCACUAUAAUGUCAUUUUGUUUACACUACCCCCAUUUAAUGUCAGUUUGAGUUGCUGUCCUGGAAGUUGCAUUAACAUCUCUUUGUUUAAUACUGAAUAAACAAUGUGAACUCCAAA